CGCGUCUACUCUGAGCAAAAUCGAGAGGACUACAGCCUACUUCGCACUGCGUUGCGCAGCAGUAUAGCACCUGCAGCAUCCUGCCGCGUGUCGGGCGGCCUAACAUACCUGCUUAUGUGCUUCCGGUGCUGUGAAAAUCGAUCUCACGUUUGCACAUCACAGCCAUCCCUACCAUCAAAACUUUCUGAUUACAUCAACAUGGGAGCGCUCGAGUUCAUCUGCGAUCGAAGGUUUCACCGCAGUUUCGUGGUUCCCGCGAACCCCGAGUCCAACACAUCCAAACCCUACCAUGUGUCUUACUCCGACUUUGGCGACGCCGACAGCAAAGCAAUCGUCUUGUUCUGUGGAGCUCUGUUCGGUCAGCGCUUAUGUUACGCACCCUUGGACCAAUUAGCAAAGGCCCACCAUGUCAGAAUCAUCCAUCCGGAUCGACCUGGCGUUGGUGGUAGUGAAGCUGUGGAGCCUGAGAAGCGUGUACAGACCUGGCUGGAAAUGGCCCCCAAGCUUCUGGCGCAUUUGAAAAUCUCGCAUGUUUCGAUUGCUAGUCACAGUGGAGGCGACAUCUACCUCAUGAACUUUAUUCUCGCCUACCCACAUCUGUUGAAUCCCAAUCAUCCAUAUGUUGCUUUCUUUGCUCCAUGGGUCCAUUACUCGCAUUCAAAGAUGACGCAUCUACAAGCUACUGAGCUUCUCCCUGCUUCGUGGAUAGGUAAGUUUGGCUCACUCGGUAAAUUUGUCAACCAGAAUAUCAUUCCAAUGGUCGGUUUGAGUGGCGCAUUCGUGAAAGGGAUUUCCGCACCACUUUCUCGUUCAGAUCCUACCACAGCUCCUGUUGCACUCACAGUGUCUGGGAAUUUCGACUCUGGAGGGCCGGAGGAUGGCCCUCGCGACGUUUUCCAGGACAUCGCACUCGAAGAUCCCAAGGCUGUGGAUGACUUGCGAGAACACAUCACCAAGUUCGUCUUCGCCGAGAAUGUGGACGGUGUCUCGGCAGACACCCAGUUGUUCCUAAAGCGCUCUGUUCCAUGGAGUACACCCGUUGUCGAGUGGAAAGAUUUCGAUGACGCUGUGCAGCUUCUUUCGAAAACAAUUGCUGAAGAUGAUCGACUGGCAGGCAGUAACAGGGUCUGGUCUAUCGACUGCUUUCAUGGUGAGCACGACCAGUUGGUUGGUGACAAAGGGAGGGAUUGGUUCAAUGCCAUCUGGACGCCGAGUCAGAGCUAUCAGUAUCGGCCUGUAGUCAUUGAAGGCACUGAGCAUGAUUUCUUAAUGGAUCCAACUUUCGGAGCGAGCGAACAAUGGCUGCAGCGGGUCAGCGAGUCCUGGCAAACUUCACAGCCCGACGCAGCAGCUCCUUAGUGCUCAAUUCAUAUCCCUGCCUUGCGGUGUUCUUUGUAGUAUCUUAUCUAUAACGAUUCGUAGUCAGGUCAAGAUACUAUUCCCUCCACUAUGCAAAGAGGCUCGUUUUCCUAAGUACAGAACAUAAAAGUACACCCUA